AGCUAUGUGGGGGUUAGAUGGGUGCGCCAGACGAAGGCAAAUACUUAGUACGUAAAUGAUGCACCUGAUUGGCUGGCUCUGGGGAACAAUGGGAGUUUCACAGAUCUUACCCCAGAACCGGCACAGACAAUGACAGAGGGCAUUUAAAAAACGCUGUGUGGUGGAGCAGAGUUUAGUGUCAUUUCACGUUGGUCCACGUUGAAGAAAUUAUAGAUUUUAUGAAGGGCAGUUAGUGCAUCAUACGUCUAGGAUUUACCGACCCAGUAGCCGGCGCCACCUUGUUCUUUGGAGACAGACGAUUGUCAACAGCAGCCAUCACCACAGAAAACAUCGAGUUAUCACCAUUCUUUCACCACCACCGCGCCAAGAUGCCGACUGUUGUUCCCACCUGUCCUGAGGGGAUGGCGUUUGAAAUAGACCCGAUAUAUGACUGUAUGUCGUGCGAUCUGUGUGUGGAGUUUCCUAACACCGGGAUAUGUUCAACACAGAAGUGUAUAGAUUUUCUGGGACAGUCAGUGACAGAUGCGCUACAACUGGCUGCUCGGGAAGGGAUGACAGGCACAGAACCACCAGCCGGGCAGCCAGCUGUGUGGGUCUGGGUUGUGGUCGCGUGUCUCACGUUGUUGCUUGUCGCGGUGGGAGCUGUGGUCACGGCGAUAAUUCUCCGGAAGAAGAAACGACAGAACGAGGUUAUCUUGGGUAACCGCGAAAAAAAGGGGAAUGUCCAACCAGUACCCCUGCCUGAUAUGAUAGUAGAGAAGUUGAAUUUCCCAGUGGAGAACACAGAACCGCCGUCCCUUGAAUCACUGGGAGACUUACAGCAAGCUCUGACCUCACUGGACAACGUUGCCCUGUCUGAGCUCGAGGGCGACAACUGAACCGAAGACCGACUCUUUCCUGGCGUAUCAGCAGAGGAAUGCGUAUCGUUUGUAUCAUAGUAAAAUACUUGGGGGAGGAGGGCUUCACUUGUGAUAAAGCAUAGCCGUCGGUUUUGUAUUCGGAAGUUAACCGAAG